AUGCGAAGCAACAAAGAUCAGCAUCAACAAGCACACGAAUCAACAACGAGUCUAGAAAAUAAUAAUAAUCAUGGAUCAACAACAACAACGGAAUUCAAACCAACACAUGAAGCUGUAAAGAAAACCUCUGUAACCCGAUAUGUUCUGUAUUUUAUCGUUUAUUCGGUGAUCUUUUGGGUUGUGUACUGUGUGUACUUGUACAAGACGGAUGCAGCUUUUAAACAAAGUUUUGUAAGGUGGUAUUUGAAAACAUUCCAUCAUAAAAAAUCUGAAACAAUUACAGAAGCUUCAUUGAUACCACCAGCGUCGCAUUGUGUUGAUUUUGCAACUUAUGGAGCCAAGUUGCCUUUCAAAAAGAGUGGAGGCAAGUCCAGUACUGAUUAUUUUGUGUUCACUGAGGAGGAUUUGGCUCACUAUAACGGAGUGGGUGAGAAUAAGAAGUUGCCAUUGCUUUUGGCAAUUGCUGGAAGAGUUUAUGAUGUUAGUGAAGGCAAAGAUUACUAUGGGCCUGGAGGUGGAUAUAGCUUCUUUUCAGGUAGAGAUGGAACUAGAUCAUUUGUGACAGGAUGCUUUGAUGAAAAGAAAGAAGAAUGCACCAGUGAACAAUCUAAAUAUUCUGAUUUUACUGAAGAAAAGCUUCAAUCGAUUAAAGAUUGGAUUAAAUUCUAUGAUGAACAUGAAAAAUACAAGUUUGUAGGAUUUGUUGAGGUGAAAAACAAGUAA